CCAGGUUCCCAGAAGGUGUGGCAGCGGUACGGGCUCUUCAGCGGUAGGAUCUAAACGAGCACGUUGGGGACGGACGCGUGGGGACGGCGGCGCUCGGACGGACGCUCGGGAGCAAAAAUGCGACCAAUGCGUAUCUUUGUGAACGACGACCGCCACGUGAUGGCGAAGCACUCGGCCGUCUACCCCACGCAGGAGGAGCUGGAGGCGGUUCAGAACAUGGUGUCCCACACCGAGCGCGCCCUCAAAGCCGUGUCCGACUGGAUCGACGAGCAGGAGAAAGUCGGCGGGGAGCAGCCGGAGACGGAGGCCAUGGAGACGGCGGCAGAGGAGGAGAACAAAGAAGGAGGGGAUCAGAAGGCCACGGAGCAGCUGACCAGGACCCUCCGUGGGGUGAUGCGCGUGGGGCUUGUGGCAAAAGGCCUGUUACUGAAGGGGGACCUGGACCUCGAGCUGGUCCUGCUCUGCAAGGACAAGCCCACGUCGGACCUCCUGGAGAAGGUCGCCGACAAUCUUGGAGUUCAGCUUGCUGCUAUAACCGAGGACAAAUACGAGAUCAUCCAGUCGGUCGGUGACGCCGCCAUUGUGAUCAAGAACACAAAAGAGCCUCCGUUGACGUUGACCAUCCACUUGACGUCGCCCGUGGUCAGAGAAGAAAUGGAAAAACAGUUAGCUGGAGAAACGCUAUCAGGCAACGACUCCCCGGACGUUCUGGACAGGCAGAAAUGCCUUGCUGCCUUGGCGUCACUGCGGCACGCCAAGUGGUUCCAGGCCAGGGCUAACGGGCUGAAGUCGUGCGUCAUAGUCAUACGCGUGUUGAGAGAUCUGUGUACUCGGGUUCCCACCUGGGCACCGCUGAGAGGAUGGGUAAUUGUCCCCUUUCUUUUGUUCCUUCGGGGUCCGGGUGCCGCUCCGCCCAGCCCGGAUCCGUUCCCAGAAGUUAGCCGUAAGGACGGAAAUGGAACCCCCCCCCCCCCCCCUUUUUCUUC